AACAUGGUGGCAGCCCUUGGGUCGAGUGGCAACAUUUGACACUAACUUUUUCAGCUCUAGUUGCCGACGAAUAAAAAAAGCAGCGUAAAUAAUAAUAAAAGAAAAUGCCGCCUACAAUAAAUAAUUCGGCGGUCAGCAGUGCUGCGGAAAAGCGACCGCAGCGGCAAACGGAACGAAAGUCCGAGAUCAUUUGCCGCGUCAAAUAUGGAAAUAAUUUGCCGGAUAUACCCUUUGACUUGAAGUUCCUGCAAUAUCCGUUUGAUAGCAAUCGCUUUGUGCAGUACAAUCCGACUUCGUUGGAACGCAACUUCAAAUACGAUGUGCUGACGGAACAUGAUUUGGGAGUAACGGUGGACUUGAUCAAUCGGGAGCUUUACCAGGCGGAUCCGAUGUCACAGCUGGAUCCGGCCGAUGAGAAGUUGUUGGAGGAGGAGACGCUAACGCCAACGGAUUCAGUGCGUUCACGUCAGCAUUCGCGCACAGUGUCCUGGUUGCGAAAAUCCGAAUACAUUUCGACGGAACAAACGCGCUUCCAGCCUCAGAAUCUGGAGAACAUUGAGGCCAAGGUGGGCUACAAUGUAAAGAAGUCUCUGCGCGAGGAGACUCUCUAUCUGGAUCGCGAUGCACAGAUCAAGGCCAUCGAGAAGACAUUCAGCGACACAAAGAACGAUAUAACCAAACACUAUUCCAAGCCGAAUGUGGUGCCAGUGGAGGUGCUACCCAUAUUCCCCGAUUUCACCAAUUGGAAAUAUCCAUGUGCCCAGGUCAUAUUCGACAGCGAUCCAGCGCCUUUGGGCAAAAAUGUGCCCGCCCAGCUGGAGGAAAUGUCGCAGGCCAUGAUUCGGGGUGUGAUGGACGAGAGCGGCGAACAGUUUGUCGCUUACUUCUUACCCACAGAGCCAACGCUAGAGAAGCGACGCACCGACUUUAUCGCUGGCGAACUCUAUAAGGAGGAGGAAGAAUACGAGUAUAAAAUCGCACGCGAAUACAACUGGAAUGUCAAGACAAAGGCCUCCAAGGGUUACGAGGAGAACUACUUCUUUGUCAUGCGGCCCGAUGGCAUCUACUACAACGAGCUGGAGACCCGUGUCCGUCUCAACAAGCGUCGCGUCAAGGUCGGACAACAGCCCAACAACACCAAACUGGUGGUUAAGCAUCGUCCGCUUGAUGCCAUGGAGCAUCGUAUGCAGCGGUAUCGUGAACGUCAGCUGGAGGUUCCCGGCGAGGAAGAGGAGGAGGAGGAUGAUGAUGACAUGGAAGUGGAUGAUGAGCAAACGCAGUCUGCACCUGUACCAGAUAAGACAGCUGAUACUGCUGUUAAAUCCAAGUCUUCGGAUGAUACUGAAGCAGCUGCUGGUAGCUCAACACCUGCCGCCGACGAGCAGGAGCAGCGUGAACGACAAUCACGUUCCAGAACUCGUUCGGGUGGCUCACGCUCUCGCACCCGUAGCCGGAGUGGUUCCGCCAGCGGCAGUGCAGCGAGCGGUUCGCGCAGUCGCAGCCGCUCCAGUUCAGCUAGCGGCUCCGGUUCACGUGCCAGCAGUCGCUCCAAGUCUGGCUCACGCUCGCCGAGUGGCUCACGUUCACGUUCCAAGACACCAGCCGGUUCCCAUAAGUCACGCAGCCGCAGUGGUUCGCCUAGUCCGGCCAAAUCCAAGUCGAAAUCACGCAGUCGCAGUCCAUCUGGCUCCCGUUCUGGGUCCGCUUCACGUUCGCCCACCCGGUCACGCACUGGUUCGCCCAGUGGUUCAGGCUCCAGCUCCGGCAGCGGCUCCGACGAGGAUUAAUUACACUAAUUACAACAUUUCUAUAAUAUACUUUAAGGCAAAUACACAAAUUGGUCACAUAAAACCGAAAAA